GACUUAGUUCAGUUCUUGAUUUCUAAUGCUGAGAUGCCAUAUGAUCCUAUGAUCAUUUGACAAAGUUGGAAAUCCUUUCCAUGUUUCAACCUUAGGAAAGGUGGAUUCUUAAUCUAGUAAAGAGAACGUUAAGGAAGCUGUGGGGUUAAUUUUGCUCUGAUAAUGACAAAACCCUGAUAGCAUUUAAUAUCAGUGCUUCUUCACAAAACUCAAUGUCCAUACAAAGUUAAAAAAAAAGAAAAAAGUAGAAUCCUCCUACCUUCUUAAAAAGCCUACUGUGACAGCCACCCCAGCCUCAUUUCUUUCUCCCCUAUGUCCCUCGAUUAUUGCUUUUUUUUUUUUUUUUUUGGUGGUACGCGGGCCUCUCACUGCUGUGGCCUCUCGCGUUGCGGAGCACAGGCUCCGGAUGUGCAGGCUCAGCAGCAAUGGCUCACGGGCCCAGCCGCUCCGCGGCAUGUGGGAUCUUCGCGGACCAGGGCACGAACCCGUGUCCCCUGCAUCAGCAGGCGGACUCUCAACCACUGUGCCACCAGGGAAGCCCCCUCGAUUAUUGUUUAUGUAUGGAAAUUUCCUCCUGAGAAGGCAUGUGUUUCAAUUUAGAGGUAAUGUCCAUGAUACAAAAUAGUGAAAACUGAUUCAUUUGGGGAUGAAACUUGUAACUCUUACCCAAUUGGCGUCAUCCUCUAACCUACAGAGUUAAAUGCAAUAGAACAACAACUCUCCAAGUGCUUUUAAACUCUGCCUUCAUUUCACAGUCCAGCUCAUUCUCUUAUUUUGUUAAGAAGCAAUGUGGUAUGACUGGGAUAAGGAAGAAAAAGAAAAGCAUGUUGUCACUUAAGUGAGACUGCCUCAGAAAUGUUACCAAGUCAGGGUUGGGUGUUUCCUGUCCUUUGGAAGAGAACAGGCCUAAAAUAGUACCUUCCUCAUCCUAUAGCUACAAGGAAGGCACCAUGAUUGAGAUUACAGAUGCUUCCUUAACUGAUUUUUAAUCAAGUGUAAAUUUAAAUACUCAGCAAAAGGAUGGGAAUGAAAAAAUGCUGUAGUUUUACAGGAUCUAUUUCAUGUAAACUUUGUGUCUUGGAACAAAAUAUGAACUACCUAGAGAAUGAUAUUGGAAACUCAGUGGGAGAAACAGUUAUAGAAUCAAAGACCUAUAUUUAAAUUUUGAACCUAGUUAUUAGAUUUUGUGCACAUUAUUUAAUUUCUUUAAGCCUCCAUUUCUUAUGUAAAAUGAGGAAACUAUCUUGUAGAAUUAUUCUAAAGAUCAAAUAAAGGCUUUAAAGCUGUUAGCAGUGUCUGGCCUAGGGUAGAUGCUUAAUGAAUGGCAGCUAUAUCAAUAAUAAUAACUUAAUAUUAUUGAAUAAUUUACCAGGCCAAGAAAGAAAAGGACAUGGGGAGCACAGAGAGGGUGAUAGUAAAAUGAACUGAUUAUAAGUGUAUAUAAAUAGAUUCCAUCAGGCAGGGGUGUCAUGAGGAUCAGCGUGAUAAUGACCUUGUCAAGUGCAAAAGCAAAACAAUGACAUGAAAACAAGUACACUAGGCCCUGAGUGGAGGAGAGAGUUGGAGGCAGACGCUGCAGGACAGAAAGCUGAGUGAAAAGGGGCCUUUGAUUCCACAGGCGCAGAAAUCCACAGCCAGGAAUUUGCUGCCACCUCUGAGUCAGGCAGGGGGCGUGGGUGCCGAAUUCCAUUAGUAGGGAAAUGCCCAGUGGAUUUAGCCCGAGAGUCACAUUUCUUAUUUGGACCAGUAUAGACAGAAACAAACCCAGCUCACUUGUUUCCCGGAACAGUUGAGUUAGGGGAUGGCUUUCACAGAGCAUUCACCGCUGACCCCUCGCCGCCGGGACCUCUGUAGCCGCUCUGUCUGGCUAGCAAGGAAGAUCCGUUCAGACCUGACUGCUCUUACGGAAUCUUAUGUGAAGCACCAAGGUCUGAACGAGAACAUAAACCUGGACUCUGUGCGUGGUGUGCCAGUGGCAAGCACUGAUCGGUGGAGCGAGCUUAGUGAGGCAGAGCGACUCCAAGAGAACCUCCAAGCUUACCGUACCUUCCAUGUUAUGUUGGCCAGAAUGUUAGAAGACCAACGGGUGCAUUUUACUCCAGCUGAAGAUGACUUCCAUCAAGCAAUACAUACCAUUCUCCUCCAAGUCGCUGCCUUUGCUUACCAGCUGGAAGAAUUAAUGGUGCUCCUGGAACACAAGAUCCCUUCCAGUGAGGCUGAUGGGAUGCCCCUUAUUGUUGGAGAUGGUGGUCUCUUUGAGAAGAAGCUGUGGGGCCUAAAGGUGCUGCAAGAGCUUUCACAGUGGACAGUGAGGUCCGUCCAUGACCUUCGAGUCCUUUCAUCUUGUCAAACUGGGAUCCCAGGACGUGGGGGCCAUUAUACUGCUAAGGACAAGAAAAUGUAGCGUUACCCCUCUCUCUCUCUCUCUUACUUGCUUUCUCCUCUAGUGGAAUAUAUGUAGUUUUCUGAGGCCUCACUUUCCCAUUCUUAGUUUCGAAAACCUUUAAAACCACAGGCAUUUUCAUCAGCGGGGGGGAGG